AUGUUCGAUGACCUCCGUAGAAAAAACAAAAGCAAAUACUUCAUAGACAGUAGCGACAAAAUAAGCUAUUUCUUUGAAAGUGGCGCAUUUGAUCCCAAUGGCGAAUUACUCGUGGCUCCCGAAUUAUACCUCAACAAAAUCGGACAUGCCCUCCACGAGCUGAAUUCUGUUUUCAGAAAAUACACUUUUUGCGAAAGGAUCAAGGAGGCUGCGUUUCAGCUUGGUUUCGAAGACCCUGUGGUACCUCAGAGCAUGUAUAUUUUCAAAAACCCUGGGAAGUCUAGUGAAGUUAUGGCCCACCAAGACGCAACUUACAUUCAUACGGAACCUACGAGUUGUGUAGGUUUUUGGAUACCUUUGGAUGACACCACCAUAGAGAAUGGAUGUUUAUGGUUCUCAAGAGGUUCGCACAAGAGUGGAGUUCACAGGAGAUAUAUCAGAAAUCCCGACAAAACCUCUGAGGAUCUUCUUGUAUUCACGUCGCCAGCUCCCUAUUAUCAGAAGAGUAAUUUCACAGCUGUUCCUGUUAAGAAAGGAUCUUGCAUUCUCAUACAUGGUCAAGUCGUCCAUUUCAGUGAGCCGAAUAAAUCUAAAACUCCCAGAAAUGCCUAUACUUUCCAUAUCGUUGAACAGAAAAAUACGAAGUACUCUGAAGAUAACUGGGCACAACCUAAGGAGGGAAAAUCAUUUAUGAGUCUUUAUAGAAAUUAAAUAUAUCAUCAAAUUUCUAUAGUUCAGCCAGAUUACGUGAAUUUCAGGAAAUAUUACAGAAGGUACAAAUUAUAUGGCUCUUGAUGUUCAAUGUUUGAAUUUGAAUAUAUUCCAUCCGUAAAUGUUUA